UGACCCUUCGGUGGUCAAGGAUGUAGUGUAGUCAUUUACGUGUGGUACCUAUCAGUGUAAUCAUGUUUGUGGUAUCUCCGUGUAGAGGGAUGUUCAUGUGGUACCUAUCAGUGUAGUCAAGAUCGUGUGGUAUCUACCAGUGUAGUCACAUUUGUGGUACCUAUCAUUGUAGUCAUGGUCGUGUUGCAACUAUCAGUGUGGUACCUAUCAGUGUAGUCAUGUUUGUGUGGUACCUAUCAGUGUAGAGUUGUUUGUGAGGUACCUAUCAGUGCAGUCAUGGUCGUGUGGCAACUAUCAGUGUAGUCAUGGUCGUGUAGUGCCUAUCAGUGUAGUCAUGGUCGUGUGGUGCCGAUCAAUGCACUUACAGUAUGUUUGUGUAAUACCAAUCGGUGUAGUCAUGUUUGUAUGGUACCUAUCAGUGUAGUCAUAUUUGUGUGGUAACUAUCAGUGUAGUCAUGUUUGUGUGGUAACUGUCAGUAUAGUCCAAUUUCUUGCUCGUGUCAGUGUUUUCUUUCACAAUCGUAGCGAACACACAGUCAAGGGAAUCCUACAUACGAUCUAAAGUUGAUGUGUUAGGCUGAAAAUUUUUAAGUUUCUGCUUUGACAUUUCGACACAUGAGGCUUCUUGGUGGGAUGUGGGUUUUCCCGUGCUAGUCCGGUGAAGGUGUCGAGUUGGCUCAUUCAGUACAGGCUCCAGUCGACGCAACUUUCCAGCCAAGUCGAUGAUGUCACUGUUUACAAUACUUUUCCCGCCUCAUGACAGCACCACAAAACCUGUCUAGACCUCUCAGCCUUGAUAGUUAUUUCAUGCAAAGCUCAAGCGGAGAACAGAUAUACGCGCCUGUAAGUUUGGUGUAUUUAGGUAAUAGCUGGUACCGUGUGGUAAUGUUGAAGGUGACAAGUCAAAACUGAUGGAUUCGUUAUGCACCGGAGACGUUGGCCUAGAUCGCCAAUCGUUCUCAGUACUUGAGAGCGUUUAGUUUACUGAGCACAACAUUUUCAGCCAUUAUAUCUCCCUGGUUUAUUUCAUGAUUUAUAUAUUUAUUUAUUUUCCAUUCUUGGGAAACAUUCGUGAUUAACUUAUUUAUAUUUUGAAGGCAUGUAUCCAUUUUUUUUCGGAAUGUGAAAACUGUCAUAAUUUUUUAAUCUUGCGGUGACGUCUGGUGACACACCUCGCCCUUCCUCCCCUUCACCUCACUACUCUACUGCUCCUGAUCUUUACUCUGACAGCAGGUUGUUCAGUGCAUGGGAUAGUGUAUAAUAACGCUACGACAAAGGGCUGUGAAUACGUCACUAAAAGUUGUGUGUGACUAAUACACUGGAAUAUAUAUACAUAUGACAAUAUCCUGAAGCCAAUCAGUAUAUCCCCGGGUUGAGCAUAAGCAACUUGUGCACAAGGACAGCCACUUGCUCUAACGCUACGCUACCGCUAUGUGGCCUUCACACAUCGCCAAACCUCUCAAGCGAGCUCCAAUCAAAAGAUCGGCCGAAGACGGCGAAGACUUUGCACGACGAGGUAUGGAUGACUUGAGGGGCCGACACGCUAUGUUCCGCAUGCCAACCUGGAUGUCUGAAGACGAGGACGUAAGCAACUUGGCAACACGCAUGUCCCACGCGCCACACUUCGCCACUAUGGGUCGCCGCGGCGGCCCAUGGCGCGAGAGACGCAGUUCUGGGGGGUCAGCCAUGAGUGCCACCUCCGAGGACGACUCUUGUGACGCUGCCGCCACCGACAAGUCGUCUCAGUGUUCGGGCGGGUCGACUGAUAACCCGAGUCAGGAGAUACCCAUCCGGCUUGAGGCGCCCGCACCGCCAUCCUCCACACAGCAUCACCAGCAGGAGCAACAACAGCAGCAGCAGGAAAAUGAACCUGUAGCGCCGCUCGCCUCUAGAAUUGGAGGAGUGAGAAAGAAUACUCAGUACCCAGUGCGCACCACAUCCGCCGUGGACGCAAGUGACCAUUCUGACGACGUACCGCGUACAACACGCUGCGCGUCUGCGCCCCCAGAGAUGGCUGACCAGGCUGUACCACAAGAUUCUCAGACCCCACCAACACAACAGCGCUUCGUGUCGAAGAUCAGUAUAACGCCACAAGCGCCUCAGACUCCAGGUUCCCCACAGACAAAGGCCGCACCGUUUUCUCCUCUGCCAGCCAAGUUCAACACGGUGCCCAAACCCUUUGUUCCUGUCGGCAAACAACAACAAGAGACGCAGCAACAGCCACAGUUCGUUGAGCAGCAGCAGCAACAGCAACCAAUGUCAGAGCAGCAAUGGCAGUACCAACAGCAACAGAUGCCGGACUCACAGUGGCAAUACCAGCAUCCUCAGCAACAGUACCAACAACAGCCCCACCACCAACAGGAUCCACAACAGUACCAGCAGUAUACCUACCAGCAGCAACAGCCUCCACCUCAGCCACAGCAGCCCACCAGGCAGGGGGGGCAGCGACCCAGUGUCGUCCGCAACAUUCCCAUCUUCGUUGAGGGCCGAGAUGGUCCCAUAGUAAACGAGGAGACGAGUAACCAACAGAAACCUCCACCUCAGUGGGGACAAUCCAGGCAGCAACAGCCACAGCAGCAGCCGCCACAACAGCAGCAGCCACAGCAACAGUACCAGCCGCAACAACAGUACCAGCCGCAACAACAGCAGCCACAGCAGCAGCCACAGCAGCACCAACAACAGAAGCAACAGAAAAUGUUCAGACCACACCCUCACUCUCAGACACAAGCUCCUCCACAGCCUGAACCUAUACCUCAACCUGUGCCCAUGCCUAUGCCCAUGCCCAUGCCCCAGUCACAGCCACAACCACAACUUCAGGAACAUACAGAGCCACAACCUCAGCCCAAGGCUCCGUCCCCCACCAAGGAUCCUCGCCUUGCGCAAAUCGAGGCCAUCCGGGCGUCAGUUGAGGAAUUCCGAAGUAAAGUUGACGUCUUCACAGGGACUAAGAACCGAGAGUUCCUCUACUUGGACGAGAUGCUGACACGUGCGUUGCUGAAACUGGAUAACAUCGACCCAGAUGGCCGCGACGAUGUGCGAAUGGCCCGCAGAGCAGUCAUUAAAGAUAUCAACGCCUCUAUAUCUUUAUUAGAAGCCAAAGCCAGCGAAACAGAAACGAAAUUGAAGGCCCAGGAACCUGUUGCUGAGACGAUGGACACAGAGGCCAGGCAACAACAGGAAGCUGCCGCCGAACAGCCGACGGAAGCUGGUACUCAACAACCCGUGCAGGAAGCGGCCAAACAGGAGCAACCUUCAGAACCUGGCGCAGGGAGCGCCGCGCCUCCCGUAGUGUCCUCUGCCUCAGCGGGAAAUAUCGACAAAAAGAGUGAUUCAGCUUCUGGUGAAAAGAUGGAGACGGAGCCACAGGAAGGAACAGCUACCUCAACCGCAAGCCAACCAGAAGGUGGUGAGGUUGUGACCGGUACAUAAGACUGUCAGGGUCGUGCUACCUGAUGUGUGGUGGCUGUAUACAAUGUGUGUGUGUGAUAUGUAAAUAUAUAUAUGUGUGAGUGUACAACACUAAUAUAUACAUUGCUCUAAAUAAAUGAAAAGUUUUAAGAAAUGUUGUGUUGGUUUUUCCUGUGACCAGCUAAUGUUACGUACAUUGCAUCAUGCACUAUAUAUAUAUAUAUAUAUAUAUAUAUAUAUAUAUAUAUAUAUAUAUAUAUAUAUAUAUAUAUAUAUAUAUAUAUAUAUAUCAAGAACAGUAAACAGCACCAUAGUUACACAGUUGGCGGCACAAGACAUUGGUACAUACGUAGAUAACUGGAAGGUUUGUGGGAAAUGCCUGCCUGUAACGGAGCGGUUGGCACUGUGCCGGUAGGGCCAGCUAGGCUAGGCAAGUUCCGCGGCACAGUUAUUUUGGCACCUUGAUAGCUGCUGCUGCUCCCAGGAACUGGUGUGUGAGAAGUAGAGGAGGAGGGGAGGAACUUGGCACACACUCGUACACACUUAUCACUAACAAGUGUACCUUUGUUGAUACUAUUACAAGUGGCACUACACAUUCAAGAAGUAUAAGUGGGGUUUUGAUCUUUGAAUUGGCACUCAUAGGCACCAACUUCCGGUUACUGGUGGCACCUGGCACCAACGUCAAGCUCUGUUGGCACGUGCUCAAAUAUCUUACUUCUGACCAUAUUGAAUAUGAGAAUAUUUUUUUUUUAAUUUUCAUCGUGCUUGUAAAUCUUUUUGGCGCCAUAAACUUCACAUUAUCAAGUUACUUCACUGAUGCUUGAUCUGCAUGAAGGUAGAACUGUGCUAAUAUAUGUGCCAGCAGGAUGUUGGACACACACACACACACACACACACACGUGUACACACAUAAUGUUGCUUCUACCUCUUGAACACCUACCUACACACACACACACACACACAAGGUUAAGACUGAACACACCAAGUAGGAUUUUCUGUGUUCAAGAUGGCCUCGUCUCAUACCUAAGAGUUACGAGCACAAAACACUUCAUAACAAGACUACUUGUCUUAUGAUAAUGAUCUUAACACUAAUCGUUCUGUACUAGUUAGUGUUACAGUGUUCCAUACAACCUGGAAUUACUACAAAUGCUCACGUACUGCAUUAAGUGUGUGUAUGUGUGUGUGCGUGUGUAAAAUUACCUUUGUAUUAUUGGUGAACUGGAUAUAGUAUUCCUAUUAUGUGAUGAGAAUGAAUUAUUGGAUUUAUAUGUAAAUAAAUACAGAAUAUAACAGUAUAAUCUGGUUAUGCAAAUUAGCCGUGAUUAAAACAGCGGUAACCAUAUAUCAAUUGCUUAUUUUCUCUUCAUUACAAUGUUUACAGUAUAUAAUGAUAUGUACGUACAGUAUAUGACUGAGACCUUAUCUCCUUAUGUAAAGCUUAUUUUGUAUUUAAUAAGUAUGGAUCUCGCUGCUACUCGUAUUAAGCUGACGUUAUUAAAGACGAGACAAGAGUCGGUAUAUACUGUAAAGGUUUCAGCAGUUAUCUGGAGUAACAACUUGUAAAUAGGAAAGAUUAUUUUGUGUAAACUUGACCUUCAUGUUGAGGGUGACAUAUAUAUCGAUAGAUGUUGGAGUUGACUAUGCAAUGUUUCUUCUGAAUGUGAUAUAUUAUGUACAUGUCAGUGACGUAUGAGAUAGUUGCCUUUUUUUAAGUUAUAACGUUUAAUAAUUUCUUUAUUUUUACAUUUGCUUAAAGUCAAGAGGCUGUUAAAUAUAGGUUGUAUCAUGGUGAAUAUUUAACUUUUUUUUUUCACGAGCUUUAAAAUAACAAGGAAUUCUCACUUGUUGUUAGCUACAGUCAUGACACAAGCCGCCUGUCUUACCCAAACUAGUGACUGGUCAGUGUUUGUUUAUCAUAUGAUGGAAGAAAACGUCCCCCAGAAGCAGAGGGGCUACUAUUAAAAUUUGAUAGGCGGUGUUUAUGCUAUUAUUUCUCCAUUUUGUAAAUAGAAAAAAAGUGUCUAUAUAAAUCCAUAUUUCUAGAUAACUGUGUGCAUGAUGGUGUGUGAUUUGUAGGUGAGAGUAAAUAAUGACACUUUUUUAUGUAAAUAUGUUGAAAGAUAGUCUUAGGUUCAUCCUGGAAUAUACAAGAUAGAUGAUAUAAUAAUCUCGAUGUAAAAGAUCUAUUAGGAACUAUUUGUGUAUUGAUGUGUAAAUAAUUGAUCACGGAAGGCACACUUUAAUUUAUUUACUGUGUUGUGUGAGGAGGAGAAUGAGGAUUAAACAAUAAGGUCGGGCAAGUGUAAGAAAUUUAUGUUCCCGGAGUCACAAGAAAGUGAUAAUUAUCCCAGAUACAAGAUUUAUGGUAUACCAGAACGUGAACCUUGGUUCAUAAAGAUUCCCUUGGUAAUGUUUUUUUUUUGUGUGUGUGUGUUUAAUCCCCGUAGUGAUGAUGUAAGAUAAACACAGACACGCAUCUCACUAACUCACUUAACAUGUCAUAUCAGGGGUUCAAAGUUAGCACCAAGAUGUCGUUUUUAAACCUUCUGUGUGUGUGUGUGUGUCUAUGUUAUAAAGAUGUUUAUUGUGUUAUAUCAGAGUUGAUACCCUAAAUUAUGGUAUGGUACUGAAAUUUCGAGUGUAAACAAUGAAUACCUCAUACAUAUACUGUACUGUAUAUACACAUAGGGGCUCUAAAACAAUAGUGUGCCAUCUUUGUUCCCCUGACAUGAUCUCGUACAAGCUAAGACACAAGAGAGAGAGUAACCGAAGUAGCGUUGAAAUAUAUUCUCGUUAUCCUUAAGUUAAAGAUGAAGAGAAGUGAUGGAAGAGUCUUUGAGAAUCAGGGUACAUGAAACAGCCUUUACAGGAGUACAGUCGCCUUCACUUAUACCUGGUACAGUGGCUGGUGCAUUUUGUGAGAUGUGGCAACUAUGUGGAAUGCUUAUCUAGCAUCCUUAGUCUGGCUACUAUUGCGAGGUUCCUUAGGGCCAUUGAGGGAGUUUUAAUAUGAUGUAAACAAACACAUCUCACAAAACGAGCCAACCACUGUAUCAGGUAUAAGUGCAGGCGACUUUACCUUAUAUUCAACUACUGGUAGACAUUCUUUUUCUCUGUGUUACCAUAGUGUACAGGGUAUCUCAUACAGGUGAUGCAUCCCAAUAAAAUCAGUCACCAUAUGAAUGAAUGAUUUGGCCAAAAUGCUACCGAAAACUGUGUACUACGAGUGUGGGUCUUGAUGAAGGGUGAUGUGACAGUACUGGGUGGUGAAGAGGCCCUUGGGUGGUGGUUGUGGUAAUUACUGCGGCUACAACAACUAUAGUAAUUUUAAGGGCGUAGUGUAUUUUAGACCACCUACCACCCAUCAACUACUGGAUAUUAAGAGAAAUACUGUAUGUCUCUCCCUUGGUACACGAACACGUUCCAGUGGGCUGUUGAGCUGGGCUGAGGACGUGGUGAGGAGCUUGUCCAAGUACCGGGAUGUCCUGUACUGACCUCCCUGAUACUGGGGUAUCCUGUACUGACGUUCCUGGUGCUGGGGUAUCCUGUACAGACCUCCCUGGUACUGGGGUGUCCUGUACAGACCUCCCUGGUGUUGGGGGGGGGGGGUCCUGUACUGACCUUCCUGGUACUGGGGUGUCCUGUACUGACCUCCCUUAUACUGAGGUGUCCUGUACUGACCUUCCUGGUACUGGGGUAUCCUGUAAUUCAUCCAUGGUGAUACAGAAAUGAUGUGGAAUUGAUGUUUACGUUUCAUGUGAUAGACGACGUGCCAAAGAUGAUGUGUGUGUGUGUGUGUGCAUAAUAUAUAUUCAGAUAUAUAUAUAAUGUGAACAGUCCAUAAGACAAGUAUUAGCACAUUUUUUUUGGAUGUAUUCAUUUCUAUUGUGAAUUUUUGUUGUUGUUCUCUCUGUAAACAUACCACUCGAAGAUAUAAAUAUAUAUUUCUCCUACCUA